CUUUAACCCAGUUCUGUUGUUUAAUGUUAUUUUGCAAUUGUGGAGAAAGACCUUCAUUAGAAAUCACUUAAUCCGCUUGAUUUCGAAUCCAUUACCAGGAAACAACUUCUGCAAUAAAUUUUAUUUGAUUUACGCAAAAGCACUUAAGUUCUUAAUUUAAGCUAAAGGAGACAUAAACUAAUUUGACGAGUGACCAAUAAAUAAAAUGCCCAUUAAAACAUUUAUUUAUUGGUUUCCAAGCGAAGCUUGAAAUCUUAAUCUACAAUAAAGAUUUACUUGAAUUACAGUAUAAUUUAAUGAACUAAUAUAACUAAUGACUUAUCAAUAAAACUGAGUGUGUCGGAGAUCAAGGAAAGUGGUAGUUGGUUUUUCAACUCAAGUAAAGUAUUCAAAGGUCUGCUAAGCUAUGUGACUAGUUUAAUUGGUGGAUUUAAUUUAUAGUCACAGGGAUGGACUUUGAUUAGUUUAAAAUCAGUGCUAAUCUUCACUGAAUUUAUGUUUUGAAGAUUACAACUUGAGGUCAAGGGGGUGCCAUUCUGAAAAUGAUACAACUUGGUUUCAGUUGAUUUGCAAGCAUCUGGAAAAUGAGCCAGCAAUGAAUCACAGUUUUCACAACGUGUGUUUGUAAUUAAUAACAUUUCACAUUUUUUCUUUUUCCGGCUGAGCAGAGCAACAACCAGUUGUUAUUAUUUAUUUUUUUUUUUAUGCGGAGAGUUGAGUUGGGCGAAUCAAUUGGCCUGGCAACAUGUUGGAUUGUUUGUUUACCCGCCGAGCGAAUGUUGCCAAGGUGGAUCCCCUUGGGUUGUGUGGAAUCAAAAUCGAAAUCAAAAUCGUUAUAACGACAAAACAUCUUCUUCAGUUGCCGCUGGGGGCCGGCGGCUUUGACAUCUCGUGCGUAAGUGAUUCCAAAGUCAAGACCAUUGCGAUCCGGACCCACGGCUUAUCAUCGACUGGCCAGUGACGAAGGCAGUCAGGUUAUCGGUGGGUUGAUGUAGCCAACACUGUGCCCCAGUGAUUCAAUUCCCUCGAAAGUAUUGUACGAGGAGUGCUGAUUAUUUCGAAUAUAUGUCGUGUGGGCAAGUGUCGAAUUUCUCGCGUUCACAGAAGGUUUCUUUGUUGCCGUCAAUCGGGACUGACAUCAGUCAACAAUUGUGCUUCGCACCGAUCGCAUCCGUCGAGCCAUAGAUCCCAUAUAUUUAUUGUAUAAUAUUAGUACGAGUAUAGCCGCUUAGUUUAGUCGUAAAAUCGCUGAAAUAAUGUCGGCGAAAUUGCUAAUUGUGGCGCUUAGUUUGUGCCUACUGCAGUCGGGGCUCGUCGCGGGUAUAUCAUUAUCACUCGGAGAUAUAACCCUUUUCAAUGUUAACUUCAAAACGCCAACCUUUUUGGGAAGAUCCGUGGCGGUGGACAGCAAUGUGCGGCUGGAGAACGAUGUGGAUCCCAAUAUUCAGGAGGAUUCACACUUGAAUACGUACAGUCUGAUAAAAAAGUACGGCUACCCGGCGGAGAAUCACACGUUGGAGACGGAUGAUGGAUACAUCCUCACCCUGCACAGGAUCGCCAGACCGGGAGCAACGCCAGUGCUACUGGUGCACGGCCUACUGGAUAGCUCAGCCACUUGGGUGAUGAUGGGACCGAACAAGGGACUUGGUUACCUGCUCUACGAUCAGGGGUACGAUGUCUGGAUGGCCAAUGUUCGUGGCAAUACGUACUCGAGAAAGCACGUUAAGUAUAGCACCCACCAUGCCAAGUUCUGGGACUUUACAUUCCAUGAGAUGGGAAAGCAUGAUAUACCCGCCACGAUCGACUACAUCCUCAAUUCCACGGGCGUCAGCCAAUUGCACUACAUUGGCCACUCCCAGGGAACCGUUGUGUUCUGGAUCAUGGCCAGCGAGAAGCCCGAGUAUAUGGACAAGGUCAUUCUGAUGCAGGGAUUGGCCCCGGUGGCAUUCCUGAAGCACUGCCGCAGUCCGGUGGUCAACUUUCUGGCCGAGUGGCACCUAUCGGUGAGCUUGGUCCUAAAGUUGAUUGGCGUUCACGAGUUUCUGCCCAAGAGUGAGUUCAUCAGCAUGUUCAACCGGAUCAUCUGCGACGAGACCACCAUUACGAAGGAGAUCUGUUCGAACGUCAUCUUCCUGACCACUGGAUUCGACAAGCUCCAGCUGAACGAGACUAUGCUGCCGGUGAUCGUGGGUCAUUCUCCGGCCGGAGCCUCCACCAAGCAGAUGCAGCACUUUGGACAACUCAACAGAUCUGGAGGUUUCCGGCAGUAUGAUCACGGAUGGCUCAGGAACCACUGGAUCUACGGCACCAUUGACCCGCCAUCCUACCACCUGGAGAAUGUCCGGGCCAAGGUGGCACUAUAUUAUGGCCAAAACGAUUGGUUGGCCCCGCCGGAGGAUGUGGAAAUGCUGCACCACAAGCUGCCCAAUGUGGUGGAGAAAUAUCUGGUGGAGGACAAGGAGUUCAACCACUUGGAUUUCAUAUGGGGCAUCGAUGCUCGGGAACUUUUGUGGGACCGAAUGCUGGAAAUAAUGCGAAAUCAUGAGAAUUCAGUUAUCUAAAGGGAAAUAGGAGUAUGCUUAAAAUUUAGUUAUUCACAGUAUAAUAUAUUUAGUUUGGUUAGGUAUUUAUUGUUUAGUAGAAACUAAGACGAUUUUACAAUGAUAAAAGCCAAUAAAACAAAUUAUAAUUAAUACAUUUUCAUUGCAA